AUGUCUGCUCCUCCCCUCCGCAUUGUCAUGGCCUGCGACGAAGCCGGCGUCCCAUACAAAGACGCCAUUAAAGCCACCCUUGAGAAUAACCCCCUCGUCGCUGAGGUUAUCGACGUCGGCGUCAACUCAUCAUCCGACAAAACAGCCUACCCCCACCCAGCCGUCGAAGGCGCCAAGCUCAUCAAAGACGGCAAAGCAGACCGUGGCCUCUUCAUCUGUGGCACUGGCCUGGGCGUUGCCAUUGCUGCCAACAAAGUGCCCGGCAUCCGAGCUGUGACUGCUCACGAUCCCUUCUCUGUUGAGCGCUCAAUCUUGAGCAACGACGCCCAGGUCCUGUGCAUGGGUCAGCGUGUCAUCGGCGUCGAGUUGGCUAAGAAGCUUGUUUCGGAUUGGCUCAAUUAUCGCUUCGAUCCUAAGAGCGCUUCUGCGGCUAAGAUCCAGGCUAUUACCGACUAUGAGACUCAAUUCCGGGCUGCUGCUUAG